AAGUCAGAACCCCCGGAGAAAGCUCACACAUGCAUGGGGAAAACAUGCAAACUCCAGACUUUUUUGUGCUAAUAAUAAUUUAGACUUAUUCCUAUCAGGCAGUUUGUUUGAAGGCGGCAACCAGGACAGGAACUGACCCGAUCUUUACAUAAUUUGCAUUUCAGAUCUUAUACUGCGUUUCGUUGCCUCCUUUGCUAAUAAAUGUAGAGUGAGCAGAUCGCGUAGAAUCUUUCCAACAAGAUUCAUUGUGUCUUUGGAGUUUGCUAUAUAGUAUUUUCUAUUUUCCUAUUUUUAUAGGGGGUUCACAGGUCAAAAGCACAAAAUCUAAACUAUUUCCAUAUAAGAGCAAAACUGUUGAGAGACCCCUCCUUUUUUUCUGCACCAGUAACUCAACUGUCUCUGCGUCUGCUUUCAUUUUCUCCGCAUCAGUGUUUCAACCACUAAAUGCGUGUUUGACAUGUUGUCAUUGUGAGGGGUGUGCUUGUGGAGAACGCAGCGGCUCUCGAGAGGACGGCACUUUCAGAAAGUGAGGUUUGAUGCUUGAUAGUGGAGUCUAUGACAUCAACGAGAAGAAUGGACAAACUAGAUAAAACUCUGAUCGGUUCACUGCUUUUGGCAGCUCUUUUCAGCAGUGCUGUUAGCGAAGACUGGAAGGCAUCUGUCACAAAGCAAAUGGAUGCCCUGGUCACCUCCUGCGUUGUGGUACCCUGUUCUUUUAGCCAUCCUGGAAAAGCCCUACCAUCCUCCAAACUCCGAGGCAUCUGGCAUAUUUCCAAUGAUAGAGACCAAGUUAUCUACAAUGAGGAUCAAACAAAAAUCUUGGACGCAUAUAAAGAUCGAACAAAGAUGCUCGGGAUACUUGGUCAGAACAAUUGCACCUUAGAAAUAACCGAUGUGAAAGAUCACGACAAUGGGCCUUUUUGUUUCCGGAUCGAGUUAGUUGGGGGAGAAAGCCAGAAGUUUUCCUUUGUCGAAGACUGUGUUGACCUCAAAAUGCAACAUUCUCCACCAGAAAUCAAACUGACCCAGUCAAGGGCAGCUUUUGAAGGAAAAGCUUUCACAGCCACCUGCUCAGUCCGCCACACCUGCCCCUCAUUCAGACCCAAACUGUCUUGGAGUCGAGGAAAUGCAGAUCAGAUUUUUGAGAAACAUGAACUGAUCUCCCAAGGUGUCUGGGUCAUAGAGUCUGUUCUGACUUUUGUUCCUGAGGAGAAAGAUGAUCACAGUCAGCUGAACUGCACAGCUGUAUUUCAUGGAAGAAAAACAACUACAAAAACCCUACAUCUUUACUUAAAGCGUGCAGCAAACUACAAGAACAUCAUCAUUCCAAUUGUUGUGUUGGUUGUAACUGCUGGAGUCAUUGGAUUAGUCUCCGGUUUAAUUAUCAAAAAAUACAAAAAACGUAUUAUGGAGCUCCAGAGUCAGGAGGGGAGUGUUUGGAAUCGGAUGUCCAGAUUCUCCCGAAGGUUUCGAUCAAAUGCUCCACCACCAUCUCAAACCAAUAGAAGGGGACAAAGAGGGGACUUUGCUGAACAGAAAGUCUGCAAACCUCGUGUUCCAUCCCCCAAAAGCCAACCAAAAAGCAACAACUACAAUGAGGACGAUGACAAUGAUGACUACCAGAACACAGCGGACCUCAACAUUUACGGAAACGUGUGAGGAGCAACUUUGCAGAAGCAACUUCAAAGUGAACACAAUGAUCUGAUCAAAUGAUGACAAUUACUAUUAUGUGAAAAUGUCCCAAUUGUACUUUAGCUAUGCUCUUUCAUACACUUAUACAAAAGUGCUUUAAUUGAUACAGUGCUAUGUGCCUUGAUAAAAUGUCAUAUUGAAGUUUUCCCUUUUUUGUUUUUUGUUUUUGUUUUUUUGGUAAGGUUUUAGGCGAUUAUUUUAUAUCAUUUCUCAGACAUUUUAGCAAACUUUUUUCCCCCGGGAAUGACUAUUUAAAAAAAUAAUUACAAAAAAGUAAAACUUUGUUUCAAGCCGAGAGAAAAAUCUUAGUUUGAUACAAAGAAGGCGUAAUAUUGUGUAGAUGAAGGUUCUUAUUCCUCUAGGUGACGUCUUGAAGUAGAAUCAUGGUAUCUGUACUUAAAGACGUCAUGACAGAUUAAGCCUUUUGGAUGAGAAGUGGAACACUGAGUCCAGGUGACAUGAUUCAACUUUAAGACUCUAAUUUCAUUUUAUAACUCAGUCAAAACAAAAAUCUGAGCAUGUUGCAGAUGAUUUUCAGUGAGAACAUCAGCUGCCCCAAUCCCUAACAUCAGUGUGCUGUGGCUCAAAAAAUCAAAGGAGAACUGGAUGAAAACAGACAAGUGUAAACAAGUUAUUUGAAACAAGAUAAAGAUACUUCUCCUACUUAUUGUACCUCCAUUUAUAUUAUCGUUGGUGAAUUGAUAAAGUUGGUUGCUGUGUGUCAGAGAUGUUUUUGUUUUUUUGCUCCGUUGCAACCAUAUAAAGGACAAUCAUAGAAGAACAUUUUUCUCAUGAAAUAGCCGUCUGAGUUUAUUAACAUUCUUUAUAUAAAUGGGAUUAUAACAUGUGUUUUAAUAGUCAGAGUGAAGUAAAUUCACUUUUCAACAGUGAUGGAGUUCUGAGUUUUGAGAAUCCACUGAAGAGUUGACCUUUCUCUCAUUUCCUUUUCUUUUUUUUAUUAUUUCCAAGAGAAAGUUUGCGUGUGUCUGCUUAGUCUUGUAUGAAACAUUUGCAUAGUUUCUGUUCCUCUAUUCUGUGAAGAUGCCUGUCUUAGAAUACAUUUCUCAGUAUUUUUUUUAUUAGAAUUCUACUGGUAUAUGGUUUCUGUUUCGAAGUUUUCAUGCCAAUGAUUUGUAAUCUAUAUCUAUGUUUAUUCUGAUUGACAUUUCUCUGUUUCUGUGUAGUUUUUUUUACAUUAAGUCUUUUAACUGUUAAAUAGUUCAAGUUUUUUUUUUUUUUUUUUUUUUGCCAAAACAGCCAAUUAUAGAUUGCAGAAUUAGUACUAGGAGGAAACAACUGUCUUUUCAGUUCCAUUUUUUUUAAGUACUACACCCACGGUAUGGGGAGUUUUGCCUCAAACUUCUACAUGUCAGACCAAGUCAUGCAGAAACACCUACACUGCACAUUAUUUAAAACUUUGGUAAAGUAAGUAAGCACCAUGGGUGGAGUAACUGAAGUUCCAUAGUUAACAGAGAAAUAUAUUGAUAAUAGAAUUAAAUAGCAUUGAUGGUGGAAAGCGAGCAUGUCGCUGGAAACUGUAGGCUUGUUCUGUUGGUGCUUCUGUUUGGGACAGUCAGGUUUUAGGAUCAGUUGAUGCAUUUAAUUAAUCAAAUCAAUUAAAUUUGACCUAAUAGUUUAAGAAUAAAUUGCUGUCACGUCAGAUAUUGUGGCGAUCUGCUGGGCAGCUUAGUUUCACAUCCCCAAAGACUUAUUUAAUGUAAUCAGCUUCUGGUUUAACCUUUUUUCCAUCAUUUCUAAUUUUCCAAAGGACAAACACAUGCCAAAGACAUGCAUUGAGUUACCUUUCUGUCAUAUAUUUACUGAUUUUGUAUUGAACACCUUCUUUCUUUGUACAUUUCUUGUGCACGCUCGAUGAUAAAGAAUUAAAAAAUCUUUAACAGUCAAUGUGUUGCUCUAAGAUUUGUACUUUGAGGAUGAAAAGAAAAAGUAAUUAAAACAUUUAAGUCCUUAACACAAGCAGGAAGAGAGCAAGUUUCAGGUGAUAUAUUAGAAUCUUUCUGUAAGACAACACAACUCACACAGGUCCUAAUGAAUUGUUUGUGAAGUGUUUUGAUAAAAAAAGACACUUGUACCUUUAAGAUUGUUUAUUAUUUUAGAUUUUUAUUUUUAUUUUCUUUAGUUUAAGAAAUGUAAACUA